AUGGUGAAAAUGCAGCUUGUAAGCACAAAUGAAACAAGAAGAUGAUCAGCUUUAUCAACUCGAGGCAAACUACCAGAGAAUGCAAAAAAACUCUUCUGGAAUUCUGAAAAUACUGAAUCCAUCUCUUUAUCAAAAUAUAGCUUUUUUCCGACCAAAGGCCUCAUAAGAAAGACGGAGAAAGUGGAUAAAUAUGUUUUAAAUCCUACAGGCCUUGUAAAAGUGACAUGGGAUACUAUAAUUUCUGCACAAGCAAUAUAUUUAAGUUUUAUGAUCCCAUUUUCUAUAUGUUUUAUGCAAGAAACUGACAAACGCUUAAUCCCUUUGUUCGAAGUUUGCUUUGUAAUCGAUUUUCUUUUGAAUUUUAAUACAGCUUGUUUUAUACAUGGAACAUUAGUUAAAGAUAGGAGACGGAUAUUUUCCCAUUAUUUAUCUUCAUAUUUUCUAUGAGAUCUAUUAUCAAUUAUUCCUUAUGAACUUUUUUUAAGCGGCAUGGAUAUAGAUUCUGAUAAUGAUCAUCAUUUUGAUUAUUGAUAUUGACCUCAGCUAUUUUGACUAAUACGUCUUACAAGGCUCGGAAAGCUCAGGAGGCUUAUUUACAAUAUUGAAGAUAUUUACCCUAGUCCCAUGGUUUAUAUGAUUACACGCAUUUUUGUAUUUUUAUUGAUAGCAGGUUUAUCGUUUCACUGAGCGGCUUGCUUAAUACAUUCUACCUGGUAUUUUUCGCUAAGCACUAACGGUGACAUGUGGAAAAAUUAUACUAAAAAUAUAUUUGAUCAAUAUAUGAAAAGCUUCGAGCUAGCUACAAUUACAAUGCUUACUGUAGGCUAUGGAAAUAUAACUCCGCAGACCAUUCCUGAAAAAAUGAUUAUUAUUGUCAUUCAGGGUUGCGCUUCGCUUAUUAUUGGAUAUUUAUUUGGUGGAGUUAUUAGUACAAUUAAAUACACAGCAAAAGAUAAAAUUUACUUUUCAGCUAUAAGACAAAAAAUGAGCUUCUUUAUGAAAAAGCACAAGCUACCGAGAGAUCUAAGAUAUAAAAUUGAUACUUAUCUAGAUCACCUUUAUGAUUACCAAAAACAAAAUGUACUGGAUGAGCAAGAUAUUCUAGGUUCUUUAUCUCAGCCAUUGCAAAGAGAAAUCUAUAUUCGAACGAGAGGUAAUCUCUUAACAAGAAUUCCACCUUUUCGAGACUAUUCUUACAAGUUUCUUAAAUACUUAGGCCAAAAGCUUGAAGUGGACUUAUUUUCCCCUUCUGAUUUGGUAUUUAAGUAUGGGCAAAUUGACAGAAACAUCUACCUUGUGAGACGUGGAGUAGUUGAAAUAUUCCAUCAAAAAACAGGCACAAUUUAUACUGAAAUUCACAAAGAAAAAUAUUUCGGAGAAAUCGGAUUUUUCCUUGGGAGAAAAAGAUGUGCCUCUGCUAGAUGCUCACUGUUUACUGAGCUUUUCAGUCUUAAUUGAGAGGUAUUUAACAAAUUGUUGACAAAGCUUCCAAAAGAAGCAGAGAUAACAAAUAUUAUUGUAAAUAACUGUAAAGGAAAAGAUUUAAGUUACCUUGGCGUCAGAUGCUAUUUCUGUGGACUCAUGGGUCAUGUAGUAGAAAAUUGUGAAAAAAUAGUGUAUAAAGUUAACCAUGACGAAAUUAUUAAGCACGCUAAUUUUUCAAGAAAAUCUAAUAGAAAAUGAAUAUCAAAAGAAGAUGUCGAUCAAAGUCCAAGAAAGCAAGAAGUAUUAAGAAGGCAUGGUCUACAAAAUAUCCAAGGAAAAGAAAUAAAUCCAAUUAUGUUUUAUCAAGAUAGAAAUAAUCUAAUUACAAAAGUGAAGGGCUAUGAUAUACGUAGAGUUCAUAAAGAAAAAACAAGAGAGGUUAUGAUGACUGUAAUUAAUGAUGAUCAAGAUGAUAUAUUAGAUAAAAAUUACCAUGUAUUUCCUACGCAUUUAAAAUUCGGGGAAAUUUACGCAACGUAUAAAAGAAAAACCGAAGAAAAUGAUUUUAAAGGAAAUGAAUUUCAGCAUUAUACUUUAGAUCCAAGGGGAAAUACAAAGAAAAGGGUUUCAUAUGGCAAUGAAACUACUUAUUCUAGUCAAGAAAUGUAG